UAAACAAUACCUUCACGGAGGCGACUGUGUCUCUGUCUUAUUGUGUAAAUGUAAACACUUCCUUUAUUAUAGGGUAUGGAACGAAAGCAACACUUUCGAAAUUUGAUACCUAAAUUAGGGAGAAAACAUGUUUUUAUUAUUCCUCUGUCCCGCUUGGAGUUAUAUUGAUUAUAUUUCUCCUCCUGUUCGUAUUUUUACUGUUGAAGGCCUCCAUUUUGUUGCAGCUGCCCAAUGAUUGUGUUGCUGUUUGUUGUCGCUGCUGUUGUGAUUUCACACACUGAAGCAGCCAAUUGUCAAGAGGAUCAACACUGUUCAGAAUGUGAUUGGGAGACAGGACACUGCCAGACCAAGUGUCAUGAUGGCUAUUAUGAUCUUAGAUGCAGUUCGAAAUGCAGUAGCCAAUGCAAAAACAAUGUUUGUGAAAAGACAGGAACUGGAAUUGACAGGUGCACGGAGGGUUGCAAACAGGGAUUUCAAGGCUCAAACUGCAAAAUACCGUGUCUAGAUCCCGGGGACACGUGUGAGCAAUGCCCACGUGCUUGUGAUGGGGAAUUCUGUAAUCUCGGGUCAUCGUGUAUUGCUGGAUGUAAUAAUUCAUAUUACGGUUCUCACUGCAGCAUCUGUUCCAGGAGAUGCAAGUCCUGUAAUGUGAAAACAAGAACUUGUGAGGAAUGUCAUGCUGGGCAUGGUGGCGUGAAUUGUCUUGGUGGAUGUGAAGAUGAUGAUUGUACACUUGGAUGUAAACCAGGAUUUUACGGCCCAUUGUGUGUUCACAUGUGUAGUUUACAUUGUCGCCCUGACACAAACUCUAACGUUGGUGAUAGUUCUUUGUCUGCUACAACAGCAGUGUCUUCCAAACCCGAAUGUGAACAACUGACAGGGGACUGUGUUCAUGGAUGUGAGCGUGGUUGGUAUGGAUCGCAUUGCUCGUCCAAGUGUAAAUCGCUGUGUAGAAAUCUAAACUGUGACAACACAGGAGCUUGUAUUGAUGGCUGCAUACCGGGGACAUACGGGACAGAUUGUCUACCGUGCCCCGAGAACUGUGUGAAUAGCACAUGCCACACACAGGAUGGAUCUUGUCUGGGCGGAUGUGUCAACGGGUUCUACGGAAGUUUCUGUACCAAUACCUGUGAGUCAUGUCUCGAUGGUAUCUGCAACCAAACCACAGGCAAAUGUAACACUGGAUGCGGAAACAAUUGUUCCUCGCACGACUGUAUGGCAAGGGUGAACUGUGAUCCUUCCAUUCUACAACGAGACACGAUGCCAGGUUACAAACCCAAAGAGACUACGCCAAUCCAUGUUUCUCCUUCAGAUGAAGCUGAUGGAAGAACAUCUUACGUUGUAAUGUCAACAGCAGCUUUAGUCGUAGCCGUCAGUGUUGCAGUUGUGUCAGUCGUCAGAAAGAUUUGUAGACGAAGAUCGAACAACAUCAGAGUACAGGGCGACCAUGACGUGUCACCAAGACGUGUCCACACAUCAAGCGUGACGUACGAAACUCUCCAUAGAUACUCGGGAAAUUAG